AUGCUUAUAAUUCUAAUUCUAGUUGCAAUUGCAGCUGUAUUAACUGUAAAUCUUUGGAGGGCUAGACAAAAACUUCCGAAUGGACCUACUCCUUUACCUAUAAUUGGAAACUUCCAUCAACUAUUCUAUAAUGGAUGGAAAUAUGGGGGACUUGUCGCAGGAUUCGAUCAGUUUAGAAAACAAUACGGAAAAGUUUUCACAGUGUGGAUGGGUCCAAUACCUGCUGUACAGAUUUGUGAUUUUGACGUUGCCCAUGAAACUCAUGUCAAGAAAGCCCACACUUUUGGGCACCGGUACACCUUUGGCGCCAUGGAAUAUAUAAGAGAAGGAAAAGGAAUUAUCGGAUCAAAUGGCGAUUUUUGGCUGGAGCAUAGAAGAUUUGCUCUGAUGACUUUGAGAAAUUUCGGUCUUGGCAGAAAUAUUAUAGAGGACAAAAUUAUGGAAGAGUAUCGAUAUCGAUUUGAAGACUUCAAAAAGACUAAUUUCAAAGACGGAGCAAUUCAAGUAAAUGCUUCAUCGUUAUUCGAUCUUCUUGUUGGUUCCAUUAUUAAUCAACUACUUGUAUCUGAAAGAUUUGAGCAGGACGAUGAGGAAUUUGAAGAACUUAAAACAAAUCUUGCAAUGGCACUGGAGAAUGGUUCAAUUAUUGAGGGAGUAUUGCCGCUGUGGAUGUUGAAGUCUAGGUUCAUGAAGUGGAGAACCAAGACUACAUUUGCUCCAUUUGAUUUUGUUUUUGAAGUCGGGAAGAAGGGAAUUCAAAGAAGAGUUGCUGCUAUUGAAAAUGGAACUCAUACUCUCAGUGAAGAAGGUGACGAUUUUGUGGACGCAUUUAUUGUUAAGAUGGAGAAAGAUAAGAAAGAUGGAAUUGACUCUAGUUUUACUCUCGAGACACUUGCCGUCGACUUGUUUGAUUUGUGGCAGGCUGGUCAGGAGACCACAUCGACAACUUUGACCUGGGCGUGUGCGUGCCUGUUGAAUCACCCAGAAGUUGUGGAGAAGCUCAGAAAAGAGCUGACAGAAGUUACCGGUGGAGCACGUGGAGUCUCCCUUACGGACAGAACCAAGACUCCAUAUUUGAAUGCUACUAUUAAUGAAGUUCAACGAAUCUCAUCAAUUCUCAACGUCAACUUACUACGCAUUUUGGAAGAAGAUGCAGUAAUUGAUGGACACCCUGUGCCAGCUGGAACAGCUUUUACUACCCAGCUUGCCUUGCUACAUACUGACGAGGAAACGUUCAAAAAUCACAAAGAAUUCAUUCCGGAAAGAUUCCUUGAAAAUAAUAACUUAGAGAAGAGACUGAUUCCAUUUGGAAUUGGAAAACGAUCUUGCCCUGGAGAAUCGCUCGCAAAAGCUGAGCUGUAUUUGAUUAUCGGAAAUCUCGUCAUAGAUUUCGAUUUGAAGCCAGUUGGGGCCAUUCCAAAAAUUGAAAGCCCAACACCGUUUUCUCCAGUGAAAAGACCUCCAGUUUAUGAUAUCAGAUUUAUUUCUCGGGCCCAUUGAUUAUUAAUAUUAUUGUAUUUCUGAAUGUACCGUAUUGUAUUUCUACAUAUUGAAUCAAUAAAUUGUUUUGUACAAUAAU